AUGGGUAAAAAGCAAUUGAUUGAGGAGAUAAUCUCAGAAGAUGAAUUUGACGGCAACUUCGACGAUGAAAGUGGAGAUGAUGCUCCAGUCAUUCUCAAUAAGAAGGAAGCUCAAGCUAAAUUUGACAAGGUACCCUUAAAAGAGAUGAAAGAGAAGAAGUAAAAGUCAAUUAAGAAGGAGAAAGUCAGGCACUAAAAAGAAGUAGCAAUUAGAGGUGCUGAUAUAUUCGCUUAAGAACUUCCGAUGGAAGUAGUCUAGGACAUCAAGCAAAAAUAAGAGGUGAAGUAAAAGCAACAGAAAGAUCAGGAAAUUAUUGAUAGUAAAAGAAAGACUCUAGACAAGCGCAAUAAAAAAGUUGAGAAGAAAUAGUAGAAAAAUCCUAAGCAUAUUAUAUUCCAAAAUAAAAAGACUGGAAAGUAAUACAUGCUGUCAAAUAAAGAAACUAUGGAGAAAAUAGACCCAGUUGAUCAAAAGACUUCUAGUUUCCUCCAGAAUCAUAUGAAUAGACUAAAAAGAGUACCCCUAGGUUCCAUUAUCUGA